GAAGUGACGAAAAAGCGUUUUGGAAGUAAAAGCUUUCGAGUGGCCUUAGAGGACGGGGUCCUUCUGUGCGAUCUGAUCAACACAUUGAAGCCGGGCAUCAUUAAACGAGUGAACAGGCUCUCCACUCCCAUUGCAGGCUUGGACAACGUGAAUGUGUUUCUCAAGGCUUGCGAGAAGCUAGGGCUUAAUGAAGCACAGCUCUUCCAUCCUGGAGAUCUGCAAGAUGUGUCCACACGUGUGACUGUCAGGUGAG